CUGCGCAGUGCGGCCGGGAUGGCGCAUUUUCUUGCUUCGAGUAAUGCGGAGUCGCUGGCGGCUGAAAAGGGCGGAGAAUUCUGUGGAGACGAAGGGGGAGGGACUAGUGUAGGCGACAGAGCGCGCCCGGCUCUGGACCGCGGCGGCAGGAAGCUGACGCUGGACAUUACGGGCGCUGGGCCGGUGGCCUGGAAGCCGUGAUCUCAUCGAGAAACCACCAGCUUUGCUGUUUCAAAACAAUGGAGAAGACUCAAGAAACUGUCCAAAGAAUUCUUCUGGAACCCUAUAAAUACUUACUUCAGCUACCAGGUAAACAAGUGAGAACCAAACUUUCACAGGCAUUUAAUCAUUGGCUAAAAGUUCCAGAAGACAAACUACAGAUCAUCAUUGAAGUGACAGAAAUGUUGCAUAAUGCCAGUUUACUCAUUGAUGAUAUUGAAGACAACUCAAAACUUCGACGUGGCUUUCCCGUGGCACACAGCAUUUAUGGAAUUCCAUCUGUCAUCAAUUCUGCAAAUUACGUGUAUUUCCUUGGUCUAGAGAAAGUUUUAACUCUCGAUCACCCAGAUGCAGUCAAGAUUUUUACCCGCCAGCUUUUGGAACUCCAUCAGGGGCAAGGCCUGGAUAUUUACUGGAGGGAUAAUUACACAUGUCCCACCGAAGAGGAAUAUAAAGCUAUGGUGCUGCAAAAGACAGGUGGGCUGUUCGGGUUGGCGGUAGGUCUCAUGCAGGUGUUCUCUGAUUAUAAAGAAGAUUUAAAGCCUCUACUUGAUACACUUGGGCUCUUUUUCCAAAUUAGGGAUGAUUAUGCCAAUUUACACUCCAAAGAAUAUAGUGAAAACAAAAGCUUUUGCGAAGAUCUCACGGAAGGGAAGUUCUCCUUCCCCACCAUUCAUGCUAUUUGGUCGCGACCUGAAAGCACCCAAGUGCAGAACAUUUUGCGCCAGAGGACCGAAAACACAGAUAUCAAAAAGUACUGCGUCCACUACCUUGAAGAUAUAGGUUCUUUUGAAUAUACUCAAAAUACUCUCAAAGAGCUUGAGUCCAAAGUCUACAAACAGAUCGAGGCCUGUGGCGGGAACCCUGAGCUAGUAGCGCUAGUCAAGCACUUAAGUAAAAUGUUUAGAGAAGAAAAUGAAUAGUAUUGGUCCAUCCUGAUUAACCUGGUAGCUUAUCUUAGUUGAUUUUUUUUUUCCCGUUUGGCCUUUCCUUUUAAAAUUUUUGACCCAAGCUGUUUAUCUCCAAAAACUGGAUGAGCAAGACUGAGGUUUCAGUUUGAAAUCUUGAUUUCACUUCCAAAUGUGCUUUGUUGGAUCCUUGCAGCCUUCUCUGCCAGGGAUGUUCAUUGAUUCUAUCAAUAAAGAGGAAAUCAA